UUUAUACAGCGUCGUGAUAACGUUGCUUGGAGAGAUUCCAAAAAAAGAGAGAAAAUUCUUCUUCAAAAACUACGAAUCCAGAGGGCAUGUACAACAGUAUACUGACGUCUCGCUUACUUGUGUUAUAACAGUUUAAUAACAAAUGGAUUCGUUAGCUAAAAAAAUCGCUAUAAUUGGGGCUGGAUGUAGUGGUUUAGCAGCCAUCAAAUGUUGCCUGGAUGAAGGACUAGAACCUGCAUGUUUCGACAAAGAUCACGAAAUUGGGGGUCUGUGGAGAUAUGAAGCAGAGGAGAAAGAUGGGGCAACCGUUUAUAGCACUACCGUCAUCAACAGUAGCAAAGAAACUCUUGCAUUCUCCGACUUCCCUAUACCAAAAGAUUAUCCAAAUUUUAUGCAUCAUACGAAAGUGAUGGAUUAUUUCAACCUUUACGCAGAAAAGUUUAACCUGCGAAAAUAUAUCAACUUGAACACAGAAGUUAUCAAAUGUUGCCAAACUGCGGAUUUCAAAGAAACGGGAAGAUGGCAGCUGAGUCUGAAAAACGUACGUGAUGGAGGCACGGAGACCAGAAUCUUUGAUGGCGUGAUGGUAUGUGUUGGACACCACGCUGUGCCUUAUUAUCCAUUGGACGAUUUCCCAGGCGUUGAAAAAUUCCAGGGUGAUAAGAUGCACAGUCGCUUAUAUCGAAGCUCAAAACCAUUUGAAGGAAAACGAGUUGCUAUCGUUGGAACCGGAAACUCUGGUUGCGAUAUGGCUGUAGAACUGAGUAGAAAUGCAAAACAAGUUUACUUGAGUACGAGACGGGGAGCUUGGGUUUUUAAUCGCAUCAUGGAUAAAGGUGUUCCGUUUGACUUUCUCGCCAUUACCAGGCUUAAUUCGUGGUUGAUGAUAAACAUGCCAUUCAUCAUGAAUCCAUUGUUUGAAUCGAUUCUGAACACCAGAUUUGAUCACGAAAAAUAUGGGCUCAAGCCGAAGCAUCGAGUACUUUCACAGCAUCCGACAAUCAACGACGAACUGCCAAACAGGAUUGCUAACGGCACUGUUAUUUUGAAGCCUAACAUCACAGGAUUUACGGAAACUGAAGUUAUAUUUAGUGACGGAACAAGAGAACAAAUGGAUGCAGUAAUUUUUGCAACAGGAUUUUCUUUCGAAUUUCCGUUCUUAGACAAAUGUGUGGUUGACACAACCAACCACGAAUCAGAACUUUUUCGCCUAGUAUGGCCUAUGAACUUGGAACGAAACACAUUAGCCGUUAUUGGCCUUGUUCAGCCUCUUGCCGUAAUUGGCCCGUGCUCCGAACUUCAAUCAAGAUGGGCAACAAAAGUUUUCAAAGGCGAGUUAAAACUGCCAUCAAAUGAAUCAAUGAAAGUCGAAUAUGAUGAAAUGAUGACUGGAAUGAAAAAAAGAUAUCUUGAUAGUCAUCGCCACACAAUUGAGGUAGAUGGAGUUUCAUACAUGGACAGCAUUGCAACAGAACUAUCAUGCAAGCCAGAUGUGUUACGAUUGUUUGUUACGGAUCCAUUACUUGCGUGGAAGGUGCUUUACGGCCCAUUCACCUGCGUACAGUACAGACUGACAGGGCCUGGUAAAUGGAAAGAUGCUCGAAAAAUUAUUAUGGCACAUUGGGAUCGCAUGUGGUUCCCGUUGUCUGGAAAAGAAAAACGACAAAGUCGGCCAUUCUGGAUGAACAUGCUCAUCAUAGCGUUUUUGAUUUGCGUAAUUGCUUGGAUUGUAUUUAAAGUUGUGUAAUGCGUACAGAGCAAUGUUUGAUACUACUACACUCUCCACCGAUAGUUUUACAAAUCAAAUAUCAUCCUUUUAUAUUAUUGAAAAACAGUUUAGGUAGAAAGAUGAUUGAUGUAGAGAAAGACUUAUUAAAUAUCAGAAUUUGUUAUGUGUUUCUUUAUGCAUGAAAACUGAUUAAGUUAUUAUUGUUAUUCAUAAAAUAUUCUAAACGUUAAUUAUAAAUGUAUAGGCCUACUAUAUACUGACAUCAUAAUAUAUCUCAAAAUAAUCGCUGAUGUGUGCUCAGUUACGCGUGCAAAAUUAUCUUAGCUGCUUGAUAUCAAUCAGGUAAUAAAUGCACAAAAACUCAA